UAGUUGCCAUGCGCUGCUUGCACUCGUUUAGCUACUAAGACAGAUACAUUAGCAUGCAGUGUAUUCCUACCUGCUUCAUGGCAACUCGAUUGGAGCGCAGGGAGCAGCAAGACGCACAGCGCCAACGGAAGGCCGCGGCGAGUAUGGACGAGGCGCGUGCUACCAACGUCUUUCUGGUCCGGCACGGCCAGACCGACUGGAAUGCUGAGAUGCGGCUGCAGGGCCAGCUGGACCCGCCCCUGAACAGCUUGGGCGUGGAGCAAGCCGAGGAGGUUGCGGCGGCGCUGGCGGAUCGCCCCCUGGACGCCGUCUACAGCUCUGACCUGACGCGGGCCGUACAGACGGCCAGGGCGGUGGCGGGGCGCAGACCCGGGGGACAGACGCUGGAGGUGCGCACCAGCCCGCAGCUGCGUGAACGGAGCCUGGGAGUGCUGCAGGGGCUGACUAUUGCGGAGGCGGCGGUGCAGCAGCCCGAGGCGCUGCGGCUGCUGCGCUCCCACGACCCUGCCACAAGCGUUCCGGGCGGAGAGAGUCCAGGCGCCAUGCGGCAGCGGGUGGUGGCAGACAUUGAACGCAUCUGCGAGCAGCACAGAGGCCAGUCCAUCCUCAUUGUGGCCCACGGCGGCGUCCUUCAUCAUGUGUACGCCCACGUGUGUGGCCACUCCUACGGCGGCCCCAUCACCAACGCCUCCGUCCACCACAUCAAAGUGCAGCCGCCCAAGUGGGCGCUAGUGCAAUGGAACAUGGGUACAGACACUGCCAGCGGCGACGGCGGCGGCGGUCCGCACGCGGCGUUCGGCGGCGGCGCAAAUGAGGGAUGAGCGCCGUCCAUUCAGCAUUCAAAAUAAAAUGUAACCUUAUCGUCCC